UAAGCUAUUAAAAACGAAGGCAUAAAUGUGACAUUGUAUUUACAUAUAAGUAUAUAUAAAAUCGAUCGAUUAAUUUAGAUGUUACGAUGGGUAGUGAAGACACGUUAAAAUGUAAGGUUAAAAAUUCAAAGAAACAGAAUCAAUUAAAAAGCAAAUAUAAAUCAAAAGAUUUUGCUGCAGAAACGAAUGAUGACAUUAAUACAUCCGAAAAUUUUUCUAGUAUAGUUGAAGUUAAUGAACAACGCAUAAAGCAUAAAAAACUGAAAAAAACAAAACGGAAAUUAAAUAACAGUGAUUGCAAUGAUAAUUCUGAAGAAGUUACUAAUUGCAAAGAAGAAAAAAAUAUUAAUAAUAAAAAGACCAAAAAGAUAGACAACGAAGAGGAAUUGGAUAAUCAAACUAUGUCAUCAAGAAAAAAGCUAAAUUCAAACGAAACAGAAGAUUUAGGAGAAAUAAAUGAAACCGAUUCGAAAACUUCGAAGGAACCUUCUAAAAGGCAACUAAAGAAAGAAAAAGCUCAAAUAAAAGAGAAUGAAAAAAAAAUGGCUAUUAAGAAAAAGGCAAUGAAAAAGGGACUUAAUUAUGUUUCAAAGUGGAAACAUGCACGAAACGAAUGGAAAUUUGAGAAAUUGCGACAGAUUUGGCUUAUGGAUAAUCUGUUGGAUCAGACUUCUAUUCCAGAUGACAUUUUCCCCACAGUUUUAGAAUAUUUUGAAGGAUGUAAAGGAAUGGCAAGAGAGCAGCUUCUAAAAAAAGGUAUGGAUGUUAUAAGAACAAUAGAAGAAAACGAAGAAAACAAAGACAAAGUUGAGUCUGUGGCUUAUCAAAGAGCAAGAAAGCUUUUACAAGCUUUACCUACCGAAUCAUAAUUUCUUUAAAAGCGUAACAAAGGAGUAACAAGUUGCUUCAUUUUAGUCACUUCUGUAAUAUAUUGUUUACACGUUUUUUAUCUUUCGUAUACACCCUAGAAGCAAAUUUUA